UGUAGGUAGAUCUAUAUAUGAUAUGUAUAAUUCAUAGUAUAGGGUAGGUGUCUAUGUACCGCGCCUUUAGUCUCGCAUUAAACGGUCAACCGAUAACUUGUGUUUGAUUUAUUACACUGGCGAACGAGGCUGGUUCAAAUUUAAAAAUGGCCGGUAAAAUAACGGAGUUCGACGUGGUUGCCGGGAACUGGGAAGCUUAUUGCGAACGGUUGGAGAUGUCGUUCCUAGUAAACGACGUUAAGGAAUCACUGAAGGUGCCUACAUUAAUAGCGUGCGUCGGUGAGAGUGCAUAUGAAUUGAUGGUUAAUUUGUGUAGCCCGUCAAAACCAAAGGACAAAACAUACGCGGAUCUGGUGGCCCUCGUCAAGGAACAUUUACAGCCGAAACCAGCAAUAUUAGCAGAGCGGUUCCGUUUUAGACAGUGUCGUCAGCGCAGUGAUCAAAACGUGGCUCUGUUCGUGGCUGAAUUAAAGAAACUAGCGAGGUAUUGUGAAUUCGCGAAAACGUUGGACGAGAACAUGCGAGAUCAAUUUGUGUGCGGGUUAGCUAGUGACGCCACCCGUCAGAGGUUAUUUGCGGAGGACACCGUGGAUUUUACUAAGGCAGUGCAAAUAGCCACCACUAUCGAAGCAGCGGAACGGGACGCGCGAGCGGUGGAGCCGGGCAAGAUGGCGGCGGGCGGCGGCGGCGGGCCGCCGGGCUGCAGCGAGGUGCACCACCUGCGGGCGGCGCCGUGCAAGGCGUGCGGGGACCAUCGACACCCGCACUGGGACUGCAAGUUCCGACUCUUCGAGUGCAGCCGGUGCCGAAAAGUGGGACACUUAAGGCGAAUGUGCCCGAUGGGCCUGGAGCAAGGCGGGCAGGCGGGCGGCGGAGGCGCGCCGGGGAUGGCGCAGCAGCAGCGAGACUGGAGUAGCGGAGCGCGACGCGGGGCGGGCGGCGGCGGCGGGCGGCGCGGCGGGAGCGCGCGCGGCGGCCGCGCCACGUGGCAGCGGCGCCGCGGCGGCUACACAGGGCGGGGCGGCCCUACCUCCUCAUAUCUCAUGAGGGAGGAAGAAGAAGGACAAGAAAGGGACAGCGAUGAACAACGGGAAGAAGACGAACCUGUUCACCAAAUGUCCUUGAGGGAGUAUAAGCCGGCAUGGUGAUUUAUGGAACGGUGGACUGGGAUGUUUCACCGGCGGGCGCGCGCGCCUGCACGUGCGCGAGGGCGCCGCGCCGGUGUUCUGUAGGGCGCGGCCGCUGCCCUACGCGCUGCGGGAGCGGGUGGACGCCGAGCUGGACCGCAUGCUCCGCGACGGCGUCAUCGAGCCCGUCGA